CAAAUAAAAAGAUCUUCGCAGAAACCAAGAACUAAUAUGGGCCGCAACCCACUUUAUUACAUUGAGUGAUACAGGGAAGGUCUCCAAAGACCAAAUCCCUUCUAGAAGCCUUCCCUACAAUCGCGUUUGCAUAGCGCCACGUCACCAUGGUCAGUUUAUUGUCACUCUCUUUUUCACCCCACGCAGCUACCUAUCUCAUCCUCCGUGGCAUACAAAAUGACACUUUUACCCCUACUCCUUUGACUACUAUAUAAACAUAAACCCCUAUACUUUUUCUUCGCUCAUCCUUCAUUUGCAAAUAGCCAACACACUCUCAUACAGUCCCAAUAUUUUCAUUUUUCCCAUUUUACCCCUCGCCGGAAAAUCACAAACCUCAACAUUUCUCCGAUCUAACCCUCCGAUGCCGGCAAUACUCAGCCUAUCCACCGUUCCCGCUGUCAACUUCUCCUUCGCUAGCAACAACCGAGCUUCCAACGAAAGAUUCCGCCGCCGUAGUCCGAUCCGCGCCGUCGCUUCUCCGGUGCCGGCCACAUCGGCUAGCCUCUACAAGGUUUUGCGAGUCGAGCAGGAUGCGUCGCUGACGGAGAUCAAGUCUGCCUUCCGGAGUCUGGCGAAGCUCUACCACCCCGACGUUGCGGCCGUGAGGCGGUUGCCGGAUUCUGACGGCAGUUCCGGCACGGACGACGGCGACUUCAUCGUGAUACGGAACGCAUACGAGACGCUAUCGGAUUCUUCAGCGAGAGCUAUGUACGAUCUGUCUCUGGCCUCCCGGCGGCGGAGGUUUCCGGAGCCAUUGAGCGUGAAACGGAAUUCCGAUCAUUACUCGACCCGAAGAUGGGAAACGGACCAAUGCUGGUAGAUAGAGUUAAAAAAAUAAAAAAAGGAAAAAAAGAUAUUAGGUAACAGUUCAGCCGUUCAGGGGAAGGAGGGGGAAUUGUCUUGUUAUGGAAUCCAAACUUGUCUUUUUUUUUGUUUUUCUUUUGGAGGGGAAAAACUUGGCUUUACUUCUGCUAUGAACGAAAGAGAAGUAGUGGAUUUCUUAAGGACAAAGAGAAGGUGUUCGUUGCUUUGAGAGAGUGAUGGUGGUGGUAAUGGAUGUAACUAACGUUGUAAAAAGUUAAAAAGAAAAAAUGGAAUAUAAAUAUUGUUUUGCCA